ACUUUAUUAAUACACUAGUCGCAUUGCGGUACGGACGUACAAUUUUCAAAACGGUCUCUGGGCAAUAAUCAAAGUGGCAGACGAAGAAAAUACUUAGUUCGAAGACGAAAAACAGAGUAUUCAAGAUUUUUUCGCGCAAAUGAUUUAAUUAAGAAAAACAAAAAAAGAAAAAAACUCUGUUGUGGGUGUAACGACACAUAAUCUCAAAUGUAUUUGAAAAUAACUUAAAAAAAAUCUCUUAGCUUUUUCGUGGAUGAAGUAACAACAGCCAAAAAAAUUAUAAUUAAUCUUUUUACAGAAAAAAAUAUCAAAAGUUAAAAUAAAAUAUCACGAAAUCUUGCGAAAAUAAAAAAAAAAAAAACAACCGCGAAUUUAGUGCAAAAUCGCAAAAAUACGAAAAAAACAUCAACGAAUUUAUUGACGCGCCAGUUACAAUGAUGUCUGCCAGUAGCACGCCGACGCCCCCGCCUUUACAAAGAAGCUUUUCCAAGGGAAAACCCCUACUGCGCAUGCGCAGUCUGUUGUUUACAAUGGUGAUAAUAACAACGGUGAUUUGGAAUAACAGUGUCGUUAAUGGAGCUCCAGCAAAACUUGACACACUUGUACGGCCAUUCCCAGCUGAUUUGCAACCACCUCUCAUCGAGGUCGAUGAAAAGAACGCCUUCGAUAGCUAUGGCAAUCCGAUUGAAUCAUUAAAACCCAUUCGAACGCCCGAUGGUCGCAAGGUGAUUAGCGCUCAAGGUCUGCAAUUCGAAAUUCCAAAUUAUGCAUCGGGAAUCACAGAGCUAAAGAAACCCUCUGAUGAUUUACUGCCACCAUUCAUUGAUCCCAUUGCCGUCGCUGUUCCGAACGAUGACAGCUCGGAAACAACCACAUUUACCAGUCCCUCAGACCAGGUUGAAGUGGCAAAUGCCCAUCAGGAGCAGGUUGCGCAAACGGCGCCCGAUAGUAAUGGACUCUUCCAGGGAUUACCGCAGUAUAUAAUUGACCUGAAUGAUCCGGAUAUUGGUGGUCCGGUGGAGUAUACUCCAAGCGAGGGCAAUGGAUUGAGUGUUAUUGCCUGGGAUUUGUUGCCGCCAUCAAAGGAAGAUCCAGCUGUCAUAAAUGAUGUUGACAAGCGGAAAUUCAGUUCCCAGCUAAGUACUAGUCAAACCAGUUUUGUCUCCAAAACUAGUCAGCCUUUUGGAAGUACCAGUGGUAGUGCAUAUUAUUCGAGCAGUACAACAACUCCUAGAACAACAACAACUACUACUACCACAACUACCCGGCGCCCAACGACAACAACGACUCGUCGUCCAACUACCACCACAACCAGGAGAACUACACCCAGAACCACAACGACCACUACCAGGCGACCAACAACAACUACUACCACCACCACCACUACCACAACACCUGAACCCGAUACCUCGGAAUUCCUAAGAUUGGAGGGUGGUGACUCCUACACUUUGCCCGAAUGGUUGGCCGACAUUGACGAUCCAGACUUAGAUGUGGCUGUAGCCUAUGUUCCACCUGAAGACCUUAGCCAGUACAAUGACACCAUUGCCCGAGACAUUUUACCUCCCCUAGAACCCUAUACAGAUCUGAAUGUUUUGAAUUUAACACCACCAACCGAUGUGGCAUCUGCCUACACUACCACCAGCGUGACACCCCGGACUACAACUCCCAGACCAACAACCACUAGCACGACACGAAGAACCACUACCACAACAACCCGAAGAACGACAACAACUCCCAGGCCAACAACUGUCAGAACCACAACCACGCCAAGGACUACAACUACACGUUCAAGCUCUCAACCGCACUGGGUUCGGGCCAAACCCACAACAUCGAGCACAUCUCGGCCCUCAAGUUCAUUCAAUCAGUUCACCUCCUUUUCGAGUCAGACAUUUAAAUCACCCACCAGCACUUCAUUCAAUGGACGCACGACCACUGCACCCCGUACUACCACUACCAGCACCACCACCACUGCUAAGCCCAAAACCACAGUAAAUAGCUCCUUUAAUCGACCUCUUUUCAAUACAGACAAAAUCAGCAGCAGCGAAGAGGCCACUAGCAAGCCCUCAAAUCCCUUCUUCAGUGGUAGUUAUAAUCCUCAGCCCUUCUCCAAGGCACCGACCACAACUACAACAAGAAGAACUACCACAACAACCACCACGACCACAACACCCUCACCCCUGGAUGUGAAUCCGUUUGAAGCAACCAUUCCCCCAUGGUUAGCUGAAUUCGACUAUGCCGACCUCGGUCCCGGUGUCCCCUUCGUCUACGAUCCCAACGAUGAGGAAAUGUCCGUUGACGAUGACAUUUCACCACCCUCAACAUCUUCUCCCACCUCGAACUCCCCCAAUGCACUGCCAAGUUUCUCUUCUACCACCACUUCUCUAACCUCAGCUUCUUCUAUUCCAUCUAAAGUAACCAUUCCACUACCAUCCAUUGCUAGCGACCGGAUUGAUAAUACGUUAACGCAACCGCAUAAUGUGUUCGUACCGCCACCGCCUGCCCAAGGGGAGGAGGAGGUCGAAGCAAAUGAUAGCAAAACGACCUCAACAAGUUUUACCACAAAUUUUGCAGCCCGUUUUGAAACGCCAGCAUCGACAACGGCUGUUUCACCGUCCGCCUUGAAUGGGGAUAGUCUGCAAAAGGUCCCCCUAAGUGCCGAUCGUGAGUCCUUCCCGCCAUUCAAUACAGCCAAUGGUCUGGCACCGGUACCCACUAAGACGACCUUUAGCAAAAGCGAAGAUGGUAAAGUCAUAACAAAUAAUAUCUUCUUGAGUGGAGCUGCGGCAUCAGGCGCCACUGGAGCCACACAAUCGACGACAUCGAAAUAUUUCGGAACAAGUAAUGCUGGUAAUACAAUAUCGAAGGAUACAUUUGGCAGCACAUCUGGUUUUGUGAAACCUUCAACCGUUAGCACAAACUUUAAUCAAUUGACCACGUCUGGUGCGGCAUCAGGUUUUGUGACGGCCUCCUCCACGUCCGGCUUUACAUCCAGCGCUGCCACAACAGUCGGAGGUGGUGUAGGCAGCAAAUACACUGGAGGUUUUGGAGGUCCACCAGGUGUUUUGGCAGCACAAGGAGGCAGUGGAAAACCAUCUGGAUUUGCCACAGCAACUUCAACAGCGUUUACACAGAGCUAUAACAAGGCCUCGACCAAUCGUACACCAGUUCUUGCCACUACAACAGCCGGAAAUCUAAGUGGCAAAUUUACUGGCAGCUUUGGCGGACCUCCAGGUGUAUUGAGGCCAUAUGACAAUAUCAAAACUGUUUGAAUCUAGCAACAACUACAACAAAACAAACAGGCAUUAUUAUUUACCCUAUUCCUUUAUAACCAUCCAUUUAGUUUAAGUUAAAUUAUUUAUAUGUAAAUGCAACAAGAACAACAACAAAAAUACCAUAAAAUAAUUUGAAAAUAUUGGAUUCUUUCUUCUUUAAAUUAUGGCAAACUAAAGCAACAGCAAAAUAAUUUAUUUUUAUUUUUUUUUUGUAACAUAUUUAUGAAUUGUUCCCUUCCCCCAGAAAAAAAAACAACUCCCAAAUUAUAUUCUUGCCCAGAACAGGAAAGGAACACAUACACACACAAACCCAUGUAUUAUAAUUUUUUUUGUUUGUAUGUAUGUAAAUGUUAAUGGCUUUAUGUAUGUUUUUGGUAUUUUAUUUAAUAAAUCGAAAGUAAAGAAUAAUUUUGAUUUUUUUUUUUUUUUCAAUUUUUGCAAAUUUUUCCAUUCCAAUAGUUGGCGAUGUCGCCGUGCGGACAAGGUCUAUAUCUGUAUAACGUAGCAAGCUUCCAAAUUUGUUGUUGACAUUCAUUCAUGAAUGGCUGAUGAUGAUGAUGACAGUUAACUUAAAUGUGGAGAACAUGCAAAUACUACUAGGCCCAGCCAAACCAAAAACCAACUUCAAUCACCAUAAUCGUUGUCGUUAUUGUUGUUUUUGUUGUCAUUAUCAUCAUAACUGUCAUAUUGCCGUGAUUUUAUUAUCAAAAAAUAACAAAAACAAAACUUGUUGAUUUAGUUGAUUUCUAUAUUGACAUAGC